UUUCGAGAUAAAACUCACUAUUUAACGAAUGAGACUUAUGUAAAUCACAACAUCAUCAGCAUCACACAACAUUGCGUCGUUCUUUCGCAUCAUUUUCAUACUUGGAGGAAGAAUGAGCGAGCGCCAGCGAAGAAAAAACUUUUCGUAGACUCGAGUGAACUAUAUAGUUUAUUUACCUACUUACUUAUACUUACUUCGUUCAUUCGGUCGGAAAAUAUAAUAAGUACGAGUUAUCAACGUUUUUUUUUUUGCUAUUUGAUUUAUUCGUCUGGUUUUUAUAAAAAUCUAUUUAAUUAUUAUUUUUUGUAGUUUUUUUAUGUGCAUUGGAUAGUGUUUAAAGUACUCGUUCGUACGGAGUUGGUUAAUUUUAUGUAAAGUUGAACCGUUAUUUUCUGGUGGCUUAUGUGUGAUAGUUCGCGGUUGAUCGAGAAAAUUUGAGCGUUCAUCAGCUUCCAUCGUAGAAGCAAACAGAACGGUAAGAUGAGCGUUUCAUGCGAUCGAGAAGUUCCUUAUUCGACCGAAUCGAAAGACGCUGAAGCUGCUGUCAUGUUGACGAACGAUUCGUUGGGCAAAUCAUCAAAACAAGAAUCAGGAACCCAAUCACGAUCGAAGAAGAAUGCAGAUCACGUGCUAAGUCUAAAACCCACAAGUUAUUGGGAAACAUUAACUCACAUGUUGAAAGGUAACAUCGGCUGCGGUAUGCUGGCGAUGGGAUCGGCAUUCAAACACGGAGGUUUGGUGUUUUCGAGCUUUUUAGUCGUGAUACUCGGAAUCAUCGCGUGCUACAAUCAAUAUAUAUUGGUGACGAUGGCCAAUAAGUUUAAACAACAGUACAAUCUAUCAUCGAUAAAUUUUCCCGACACGAUCGGUAUUGCAUUCGAGACCGGACCAAGUAUAUUCAAAAGAAUGUCGAAAUGGAUUAGAUGGUCGAUUGAAUUGUUCAUCAUAUUAACGCAAUUAGGAUUCUGCUGCGUGUAUUUUUUAUUUUUAUCGCAAUCGUUGAAUCAGAUAUGCUCCUGUUACAAUAUUCACAUAGAUAUCCAUCUGCUCAUGAUGAUGAUAUUCCCGAUUGUUUGGGGUACAGCGUUGAUCAGGGAGCUGAAAUACAUCGCUCCCUUAUCCACUCUGGCCAAUAUGUCCAUUUUCAUGGCGCUCGCUCUCAUCUUAUAUAACAGCAUAUUUGGCUUGAACGUUGCCGUUUCGGAGCGUCGUUUGAUGGGCAACUGGGCUGAUUUGCCUCUUUGUUUUGGAGUUGUCGUCUAUUCAUUGGAAGGAAUAAGCUUGGUUCUACCACUGCAACAGAACAUGAAACGUAAAGAAAAGUUUCUGGGAAGUUUCGGUGUUCUAAAUCUAUCGUUGACGAUCGUCGUACUCUUGAUAAUAGUGGUCGGAUUUUUCGGCUACUUCAGAUACGGAGAUGCCGUCAGAGAGAGUUUAACACUGAACUUGGAAGCGAAAGAUAAUCUGUUGACGCAAGCGGUAAUCGUUUGCAUGACGAUUGGAAUUUUGUGCACGUAUUCGCUGCAGUUCUUCAUUCCAAUUUUAUUAAUAUUACCUUAUUUCAACAAAUGGAUGAACGCCAGAUUCAAUUGCGGAAAUCACAUCAACGAAUAUUUGUUGAGAACUGUUUUAGUAUUCGUCACAUUCCUCACAGCGGAGAUAAUUCCACAUCUGGACUUAUUUGUUUCAUUGGUGGGUGCGAUCGGUGGCACGUUUUUGGCAUUGAUAUUCACGCCGUUGGCGGACAUCUCGAAGAGACAUAAUCAGCACAAAGGCAUAUUCAAAUGGCGAACGAUAAUGGCGGUCAUUUCGUUGAUCAUAGGAGCGUUUGGAUUCGCCAUCGGCACUGUGAUGAGCUUCAAAGAAAUCUUCGUAGCGCUUAUGCACGAUUUUGAGAAGUCGCGAGGCCCGAAAAUCUAAUGCUCAAGCGCCUUUGUUGCUUUGCUACUCGCGUCCGAACAGAGUACGAGUAGGUAGGCUGUACAAUACAAGUACUCGUCCAACUUGAGUCGAAGUACACUACCUCAAUCCACAACUUCACUGCCUACCAUAUUUACUCGUACAGUAAUUUAAGAACAUUUUUAUCGCAGGCAUCAUAACACUGAUCACUAUUUUCAAUUUUUGGUCCUUGAAAGUUUGUAUUUUUUUUUCAGAAAAUCUUUUUCCAGUCCUUAUUUAUAAUGUGAUUUCUCUGAAAAAAAAAUAAUAAAAAAAAAUGUCUAUGUGUAAGAAAAUGAAGAGAAUUGUGAGAAAGUUGCAAAAUUCUGGCGAUGUUUUUCGUUUUUGAUGGGGCUACCCUGAGGUGGUUGCCCUGAUCUGUCGAUGUUCAUAAUUAUUAGAAAUUGGUAACUUUGAGGUCCUUUUUUUCUUAAGAAUACUGGUCCUUGAAAGUGACAUUUUUUUUCUCCAAAAUGCAAUUAUGAUGCCUGCUUUUAAUCAGAAUAUCAGCUUUCUGUAAAUUUGAUCUUACAUGUUGUAAUGUAAUAAAACCAUUCUUACAAUAA